GACCUCCAUAUAAGCGCCGUUUGUGAAGGAGGCAAAUGUAACCUAGUUUGAUUACUUGGUUUAAGUGUCUUCUUUGUCAUGUUGUCUCGGCAAGAAUUAUGUCAUAUUGUGAGCAAAAGUUUUAAAAAAUAGUGUUACAUCGAUGGAAGCUACUACAGAGGUAACAUCUAAGCUUUUUACUGAGAUCUAACCUUGAAACGGAUUUACUUGCCUAUCGAAAGUAUUCUUAUAAUCCCUAUGCAUGAAUGGAUCAAAGAGAAUCCAAAAGAAACGUUGGAUCCCUGAAAUCAACAUCUUCUGUUGUUGAACUAUCUAGUAGCGGAGGAGACCAUACAGCACAAUCACUUUCCACAAAAGGUGCGUCAACUGGAACCUAUGCACCUGUCAGAUCAUGUGAUGGCUAUUCACCACAUACAUUUUGUUGCCCACUACCACAGACAUCUCCGGAAUAUCCAGCAAGUCUGUCAUCAAACUCUUCCCGUUCUGCAUUCCUUUCCCGUCAGGCAUCUUUUGAUCAAGGAGGAGAAGGUCGUCUUUCUUCAACUCAGGUAAAACAACGUCUUAAGGCUUAUUUACUGAAUCGUCGACGUGGACGUGUCCUAGCGAACAGGCAUUGGAGAACAGAUGGCAAAGUACCUGGUUCAUCACAAAAUCCCUACACGGAGUCAGACUUUGAUGAAAAUUUAGAACACUCAGAAAGUGAUUCAGGUCAACAGGGAAUGUGUCAUGUAGUCGAUCAUUGGCACAGUGCUGACUCUCCAGGUUUCAGCGAAUGGGAUUUAACUGAUGAAAAUGUGCCAGUUCAUCAGCAUCAUUCAUUGGAUUUAGAUGUACAGCGAAAAUUAACUGAUUACAAUCCUUCAAUAAAGCCAACAUAUCUUUCAUCGAAUAUGGGACAAACACUGCAUACACCAUCACUUUCACAAUCUUGUAAUAUAUCAUCUAUGCUAAAUCAUGUAAACCUUCACCAAUCACAACAACAAGAACAACAUGAUACUGUUGAAUUGGAAAAAUCAAAUCAAUUCUUGGAAAGAUUACAUUAUCAUUUAGUCUCAAAAUAUAAUGAUCGUUUAACAAAUGAACAAAUACAAGCAAUGAUUGCAUUACUUAAAAUAAUUAGUCAGUCUAAGCGACAGAUAAAGAAAAUAUCAUCACAAUCCAGUGGUUUUGAAGAGAUACAAGAGAAUGAAAACUGUGUAGAUCAUCUUCGCCAACAGCAUAAUGUUCAUCUUCAUGAAGAUGAUAUGAAACAGCUUGUCAAUUGUGGAGAAUCUCUUCCUGUGUCCAAUAUUGGUGCAGAUAUAAAUUAUCAAAAAGCAUUAUCUGCACUUGUGAAAAUGUGUCAUCAGACCACUGGUAUAAUUUCAGUUCAAUCGAAUAUUUUAGAAUCUCAUGAUAUCACUUCAGCUAACAGAUCUCAUUCUUUUUCUACAUCAAGUGAAAUGGAUUGGGAGAGUCAGUUGGUCAACUCUACUAAAUCGGAUUUACUAUACAACUCACAGGUGAAUCCAAUAACUCUACAGCAUUUAUCUACUCCUGUCGGUACUAUUUCUACUGUUAUUGAUAAUCAUGGUGAUGGAAGUGACCUUAAUGUUAUUGCUGAGACUGUUACUGCUGCUUCUACUGUAGAUAGUUCUAAAAGUAAUAAUGUUAUAAAUUCAUCAAGUAUAUAUUGUCAACCGCAUAAACUAGCUUCAGAUAUUUGGUCUGCUUUACCCGAAAAUGACUGGCUUUCUCGAACUUAUGAUGCAGACGUAAAAACUGCAUCUUGUUAUCCCAGUGUCACGAAUGGCAGCUUGACAACUGCCAUAGCUUUUGAUCCCGAUAUGCUUGAACACAAGUGUCUUUGUCCUAAUGCUCACGAUUCAACUAUUCAUCCUGAGUGUCCAGAUCGUCUGACUUUUGCUCUGGAACGUCUUGUACAUAUAUCCCCUCGUAUCCCCUCACAUAUGUUAUCUAAUGCAUCAAAUGAUUUGAUUGAAAUUUUAAAAACUACUGUGUUGUGUGAUAAUCCUGAUUUACAGUAUGAUUUUAGUCAGUUUUUACAAACUCGACCAGAUAUAGCAGAAACUCUGAUAACACAUUUACCUUUGUUGGCGUUUUGUCGUCUGAUUCGUGCACGAAUGGCUACAGAGGAUGAACUACGCAUAUUUCACUCACCUGAUUAUGUUCAAGCAUUUGGAUCUAUACCAAUUAUCUCAAGUGAAACGCCAUCUACAAAUAUUAUUAAAAAGAAUAAUAAUAAUAAUGACAACCGACCACGAUCCAUAUCUUCAGAUGAUCCAUCGUCCUUUAGAUCUACAACUAUUGAUGAUCAUGGAUUGUCAUUAUUCGAUUCUUGUACUAGAACUAGCCUAUCAAAACGUUUAUGUUCAUUAACAUGUGGUGGUGUUGGCGUAGAUUCAGAUACAGUUUGGAAUCCAUGCAAAACAGCUCGUGCUGCUCGAUUAGCUGUUGGUCAAGUAUUAUGCCUUGCACAUCAAGUGGCUAAACGUCAAUUCCGUAAUGGGUUCGCUAUAGUCCGUCCGCCGGGUCAUCAUGCGGAACCAGAUCAAGCCAUGGGAUUUUGUUAUUUUAAUUCUGUCGCAAUAGCUGCACUGCAUUUACUCCGUGAACAUAUUGUCUCAAAAGUACUGGUCCUUGACUGGGAUAUACAUCAUGGCAAUGGGACUAAACUAGCUGCAACUCAUCCUGGUCUGGUUUAUUUAAGCCUUCAUCGAUACGAUGGUGGAACUUUUUUUCCUGGAACAGGUUCAGUUACUAAUUGUAUGGAUGAAAAUUCAUCAAUGCGUACAAUUUCUUGUCAAAGUGAUCAUAUAACUACUACAGCUGCCACUAUUGCAGGAAAUUUCAACAGUAAUAUCUCCUCAGGUUUAUCAAAAUCAUUUGAAGAAGGUAGCAGUUAUCAAAAAGAUAAAAAUGACAAUAAUUAUACUCAUACUACUAACAUGAAUACUAAUAGAACUAUUCCAAUGGCUCAGUUUAUAAAUGUUGCAUGGGAAAAUCCAUACAAUAGUGGCGUUGGCGGUGAUAAUGCAGAGACUAUCAGGUCGCAAAUCAAGCGUCAACCAACCACACCAACUGUUAAAGCCUACAGUGUGGAUGCCGAUGAAAGAAGAAAACGAUGGUUUCAGCAAGUGUUACAUAAAGGAGAGAGUGAAGGUGCACAUCAUUCAAGUCAUUUAGACAACCUCAAUUCUUCUGAACAAGACAGAUCCUCAUUCUCCUCUUUUCCACAUUCUGUAAGUUGUAGAAAUGAUUCAGAUAUACCAUGUUGUGUAUGCCCACCGAAUGGACAGACGAGUACGGGUAGUAGUCAAGUUUGUUCAUUCUGUUUAUCACAAUCGCGCCGGUCAUCUUCACUUUCCUAUAUCAAUAUGAAUUGUGGAUUUUUCAAUGCAUCUCAAUCAACUGAAUCAUGUCCAGAUAAAUCAGAUUUGUUGUCAUCUGAAUCAAAUCCAUUUCACCAUCAUCAACAGUUGCAAAGACAUCAGCAAGCACUUCCUUCGCAUUUAUUGUCAGCUUCGAAUCCAUACCAUCCUACACUGAAUGAACCUUUAUUAGGUUUAAGUGAUGCAGAGUAUCUGGCUGCAAUGCGAUCUGUUGUCAUUCCUGUUGGACACGAAUUCCAACCAGACAUCAUAUUGAUCUCAGCUGGUUAUGAUGCUGCUUAUGGACAUGGUGAAGCACUUGGUGGUUAUUCUGUAUCAGCUGGCCUAUUUGCAUGGAUUACACAUCAGUGUAUGUCCAUUUCAAACAGUCGUAUAGUUUUGGCUUUAGAAGGUGGUUAUUCUCCGUCAACAGUAGCCGAUUGUAUUACAUCAUGUAUAAAUGCAUUAUUACUCCCCGCUUCAAAAACACAUUGGAUUCCUGUACUCAAUGGGGAUCAGUCGAGUAAGUGUGUAAAUAUAAAUGGAGCACAAGAAGCCUGGUUGAAUGCUGCUUAUUGGAUACCGAAAUCUGAAUUGAUUCGUCCACCUAGACCGGAAGCUGUUGUCAAUCUAAUGACUACAAUACGACAUCAUGCUAAAACUGGAUGGAAAUGCUUUACAAAUGUAUCCGAAGAAAUUGUUGCUAUGUCAUUUUCUGAAGCAAUUCAUAUGGAACAUCAAUUAGUUGAAAGGAAUAAAGCAACUGAAUACAAUAUGAUCAAGAGUAGAAAGUUAAGCGAUAGUAAUCCAUUACCGCCAUCAACAUCCACAGCAUAUCUUUUCAGUAAUUCCCCUUUAUCUGAUUAUAUGGCUAAAUUGCAUAUGGAUCAAUCGUGAACAAUAUUUCUCUUUAUUACUUUUAUUCCUAUUCAUUACAUCAUCUUAUCAGUAGCAUUGAUUUCGUAAUCAUUACUUGUAAACUUGUGAUAGUUAUGCUGAUCUGCCACAAUAUAUUAUUAUUAUUAUCAUUAUUCAUUAAUUACUGUUUGUAUUCUCUUUUUUACCCCUUUCCUUCUAGUCUUUUUUAAUAAUUUUAUAUCUUCCCCCCCCCCUCCCUUAUUAUAUGAAUAUGUACAUUAUUGAUCUUGUUAUUCUUGUCAUUGUCACCAUUUUUAUUGUUAUUGAUUCAAUCGAUGGUGUUUACUUCAAGGAUGACUAUUUUCCUUAUUUACUAUGUGAUAACACCAAUUAUCUGAUCAACUCCUAUUGAGUAAUCAUCUUUGAGACUAGUCCAUACUCCAUUCUGGCUAGAUUGAGUCGACAGAGACUAAUCUUGUUUAUUUCUUAAUUAGUUAUUGAUUUUAUUUUCUCAUCUAUAUAUAAAUGUGUGUGUGUGUGUAUGCAUCCAUUUUUUUAAAGUUUCCAUAACUUCCUUUUUAUUUAGCUUACAUACGACUGAUUCUCUGACUUUCUAAUCUAUUAUUUGUGUAAUUUCGUCUUCUUCCACUUCCCUCCUUCUCUGCUCUCUCCUAUCUCUUUGGCUGAUAUAAUAAUUUUUCACUAUUGUAUUACUCUACUAAUAGUUUUCUUUAUUGAUGUGCUUUUUUCUUUAUUUUUCAAAGAAAAAAAAAUUGUUAUAAUAUUCCUAGUAUAAAUCGCAAAUGUUCUCGUUUUUUUAAAGACACACGCGAGCACGCAUGCACACACUAGUUACAUUGGCGUUACAUUGAAUCAUAUAUAUUCAUAUCUUUCUAUGUAAAACUUUACACGUUGUUUCUUAUUUCUCUGACACUAAAAUAACUGACUUCGUGUGUGUGUGUGUGUGUGUGUGUGUGUCAAAGUGAGUCGUGCAAGUAAGGUAGUGGGAGAAUAUUCCAGUGUUACCUUCAUAUCACUGUUUACGUGUGUGCUUGCAUCUCCACAUGAAUGUCAUUUCCGUUUUACUGCCUAAUCUUUUAUUCUUUAUCUUAUUCUUAAGUUAUUAUUCUCUUACAAUGAAAAUACCAAUUUAGCUUCCGUAUUCUACUAGUACUUACCAUUAUUAUUAUUAUUAUUAUUAUUAUUAUUAUUAUUAUUAUUAUUAUUAUUAUUGUCUUUUAACCUGUUAAUCAGUUAGUAUAUAAAAUAUCUCUAGGGUAGACAUUUAAAUGCAUAUGCAUAUAUACCCGUGUUUUAUGUUUUGUGAUUAUUAACUUCCUUUAUAUUCCUGUGUGCGUGUGUGUGUGUAUUUCUGUUUGUUUGUAUUUUGGUUCUCAGGCUAUUAUUCUCUCCGUAUGUAUAUAUAUAUAUAUAUCACAUCUUAGAAAGAUGUGGUGUUUGUUAUUUACGCGGAUUUGGCUGAAAUAUACAUAUACACAAUAUCUGUGUGUGCUUACACAUACAGUAUGAGUUAUUUCCAGUCCUUAUGUAACACCAUAGUAUUACUAGUACUUCUAUUGCUAUCACCACAGUUAAAGUUAUCUAUCUAUCAUCAUUAUGUAAAAUGAUAUGCAUGUUGUAACUAUGUGGAUAAAAUUCAGAAGGUAACUUUGUUCUACCUUUCAUCUCUCACACUGUAUUUUAUGCCCUCUCCCCCAUUAUCUUUGUUGAUUUUAUUUUCUGAUAGGAAACGUUAAGUUAGUUUAUUUUAUUAACCUUUUGUUUUUACUCACAAAAAAAAAAUACACAAUUGUGAUGGCUAUUGUACAUCAGUAGCCUAUGGUGAAUAAUGCAUUGGCAUUUGAAGCGUUGGGUUAUAUUAAGUUGGAGUCUGAGCGAGAAACAUCACUGACUGGAGUGUAGAUGCAACCAGUUGAUGAAUUCGAGAUGGAACAAAACGCGUGUCAUGAACUCUGCUGUUAACCACCGAAUAGACUGUAGUUUUUUUUUUCCUUUUUCUCUUUUGUUUUAUUUGCUUGAUUUUAUUUCCACUUCUGUUUGUUUAUUUAAAGUGGGUAUGUUUGUCUUUCAUGUUUUAUUGUUUCAAUGAAAUUGAGAUAAGAUUGGUAAAAACUUACUACUCGUUUUACUUGACAAUAUACAACUUAUUCAUUCAUUAUCAAUACUGAAAUCAUACUUCUAAUUGCUAUACACACUGCAUAAAAUGAUUUUCUUUUCUUCUUGUCUAUUCACUUGGCUAAGUAAUAUUUGUUUAUCUGACUGUAUUCUUUCUAGUUUGUUUUCUUUGAAUAAAACAUAAUUUUUUUUUUUCUAUUCUAAGUA